UUUAAUUGUAAACAGUUUAAAACAUGUCAUCGACGAGAAAACAUCUAAGUUUAUUGAAAAUUUUAAAAUGGAAUUAAUUAAAUUAAAGUCUUCCAAUAAUACCGAAAACAAAGAUAUCUCCCAUUAUAAUCACAUCAGAGAGCAAUUAUGGUUUUGGGUUUUCGGUAUCAUAGCUCUUUUAGCUAUUCUCUGGAUUAUGCUGUAUUUCCUAAGGAAAUAUAUACAAGGUCCCCGUUAUCAAAAACACAAUCGCCUGGAAGGUAAAGUGGUCAUAAUUACCGGUUGUAAUCGGGGCAUAGGCAAAGAGACUGCCUUGGAAAUGGCCCGACGUGGAGCUAAAGUUUAUAUGGCUUGUCGGAAUUAUGAGAAAUGUGAAGAGGCCCGUUUGGAUAUUAUAAAACAAACUAGGAAUCAACAGGUGUUUAACAGAACUUUGGAUCUCUCUUCCCUGGAAUCGGUUAAACAAUUCGUGGAACAAUUUCUAAAAGAGGAACACAACCUGCAUAUAUUAAUCAAUAAUGCUGCCAUAAUAACAAAAAAACGACAACUCUCCUCUGAUGGCUAUGAACUGCAAUUGGCCACCAAUCAUUUGGGUCAUUUUCUGCUCACCAAUCUGCUGCUGGAUACUUUAAAAAACUCCGCUCCCAGUAGGAUUAUUACCAUUUCCUCAAAUGCUCAUAUAUUAGCUCUACUCAAUAAACAAGAUUUACAAAGUGAAAAAUCAUUCAUAUGGUUCAAGGCCUUUCUGCAAAGUAAGUUUUGUAAUACUCUCUUCACCCUCAAACUAGCAGAACUAUUGCAAGAUACUUCGGUAACCGCCAAUUGUCUCUAUCCCGGUUUGGUUUUAACCGAUUUACUGUACGAAAAUACCUGGUGUUUGUUUCAUCCUCUGUUAAAGUUUUUUGCUAAAAGUAUUAAAUCGGGUGCUCAGACCGCUAUAUAUUUAGCUUUGGAUCCCGAGCUAGAGGAUAAAUCUGGAGGAUUUUAUGUUGAUAUGAAACAGGCCUAUAUGCCGCCUUGGGUAAGAGAUUCUCAUUUGGCUCACUGGCUGUGGCAAGAGAGUUUAAAGAUGGUGGGUUUGGAAUAGCUGUAGAGGGAGAAACAGAAAAUAAAAUAUUUGUUUGAAUUAAGGCUACUCACAGUUUGUGCUGAAAUAACAGUAUUUUUUGUGUAUGAUAUUAUAAAACCAAAAAAUUUAUUUAAAUAAAAAAUAU